UUAACAUACCAUCCCUAUGAACUCAAGACUUUUGUUUACAUUUUCCAAUUAAGUAUAUUUAAUAAAAUUAAGUACUUUUGGUACAUAUUAUAAGGCUUGCAGACUGCUGACAGUAUUGUAGGCAUCAACAGUUUCACUACACAAGAAUCGCAAGCAACAGCAAUGUUUAAAAAGUCAAAACCAAAGACAGAGCCACCGCCAACUGCCCCAACUGUGGAUGAAAUGCUGGCGGAUAUGGAAACAUUUGAAGUCCAACAGCCUCCCGUAGCCACCAGCACAGACAAUUCCGAUUUGGAACAUGAAUUGCUGACGGAUCCGGAGAAUCUACCGCUCCAGACGUGGUGGCAAGUGUUUGAUACCUACGAUCAAAAGGUCGCGAAACUGGCUGCCACAGUAGACACCUUGGAGUCCCAAAAAGAGCAACUGCAAUUCUGCUGCGCGACGCUGGAGAAGAAUGCCCAAGAACUACGUGACGGCAUACAGCAGCAGCAGUCGUUGAUUAAGAAUGAUGUUAAUUAA